UAGGCAAAAAUUAUAAAGGCCAAGAAUCGAUUGAAAAGGGAAUUUUGUGUUUGUUUCCCGGGAAAACGAAAAAAUGGGUGUGGCCGAAGAACCGAUUCUCUCGCGCUUGGAGCGCCUCGAUAAUAUGUUGAGGCGGUUGGAGGAAAUUAGAGGGUGCGGGAAGUCGCCAAAGAGCUCGUGUGCAUCCACUCCAUCAAGUGGGACCCUCACGAGCGAUUACCAAACGUCGUCCGUUGAUCUUUCCCCAAAAACUCUGGAGAAGCACUGCCGUCCGAUCAACCAUGUGGUCAAAGUCACUGAACUCAGAGGAAGCCUCGUGGAGCGGAUGGACAAUAUCGAGGAUAGAGUCCUUAAGCUUUGUUUGCAAAUAGAGGGAGAGAUAGAAAGGGAAAAAGAGAUGAUAAUGGUCGAGAAGGAUAGGAAGCCUAAGAAAAGCUUUAAACAACUUAUUCAAUUGUGCCCGAUGGGACAGGGAAUACGUCGUCACCCAUCUCGAUCUUAGUAUCGUAACCUUCGUUCAAUAACGAUUUUGUUUCGAGCUCGAUAUAGCUCACGAGCUAGUUCUAGUUUUGUUGAGUAAGUACAUAAAAUUUUGAUGGUUUUUGUAUAUGUAAGCUUGUUUGUGAC